GACCCCGUCCGGUUUCCCAACACGCGGCGCCGCGCCUCCGGAACCGUCCCCCCAGACACGAUGCCUCCCGCCGCCGACCCCGACACGUGCCGCAUCUGCCGCGGCGAGGGCUCGCCCGACGAGCCGCUCUUCUUCCCGUGCCGGUGCAGCGGCAGCAUCAAGUACGUGCACCAGGACUGCCUGAUGGAGUGGCUCUCGCACUCGCAGAAGAAGCACUGCGAGCUGUGCAAGACCCCCUUCCGCUUCACCAAGCUGUACGACCCGGACAUGCCCAAGACCCUGCCCGCCCACGUCUUCGUCCGCCACACGGCCCGCUACCUGCUCCGCAACCUGGUCGUGUGGCUGCGCGCCGCCCUCGUCGCCAGCGUCUGGCUCGGCUGGCUGCCCUACCUCAUGCGCGCCGUCUGGUCCUUCCUGUUCUGGAUCGCCGACGAGGGCCUCGGCGGCCGCCCGGCCCUCCUCGCCCUGCACGGCGCCGCCGAGACCCUCGACGCCCUGGCCCCCCCGGCCGGCACCGGCGCCUGCCCCUCCAGCCCGCUCUUCGCCGCGAGCACCACCGUCGCCGGCAUCGGCGGCGUCCUCGACAGCCUGCCGCCCGAGUCGGCCCGCAUCGUCCGCAGCCUGUACGGCAUCAACCUGACCUCGAACGACCCCAUCUACGCCGCCGUCCUGCAGCUGCUGUUCGGCAGCGUCGGCCUGGCCGAAAAGCCCAUCUCCACCGCCGCCGCCAUUGCCGCGAACGCCACCGCAGUCCUCGCCCACCUGCCGUCCUCCAACGCGACGGCCCGGCAGUCGCUGCUGAGCGACGUCGGCUUCCUCCGCAACCUCACGCGCCACGACUCGGUCAACCGCGUCGUCAUCGCCACGCUCGAGGGCCAGAUCAUCACCGUGCUCGUCAUCGUCUGCUUCAUCCUGAUCAUCCUCGUUCGAGACUACGUCGUGCAGCAGCAGCCCGAGAUCAACAUGCGCGCCGCGUUCGCCGCCAUCGACAACCCGCCGCCAGCCGCCCCCGCGCAGGACGGGCCGGGCCAAGAUGCGGGCGCGGCCGAGGCGGGUGUCGCGGAGGAAGCCGCUGGCGGCCUGGAUCACGACCCUGAGGACGACAACGCCGCCGCGGAGCCGUCCGCGAGACCGCGCCCGACUACCGACCCCGACAUCGCGGACCCCGACCUCGCGGCAACCGCGCCAACGCACGACUUGGAUAGGGCAACGGUGCACGAGUACCUCGCCAUUUACCGCGAGGCGGACGGCGACCCGGAGCGCAUCCUGAAGAUCGCCCGCGAACGACGCCUCGAGGUGAAGCUGGACUACUGGGUGCGCCUAACGCUGUCGAUGACAGACCUCCGGCGGGACGGCGAACUUCCCAACGGCAGCGAGGCCGGGCCCUCGAGCGCGGCUGCAGAACCAAACACGGCAUCCGGCGGCUGGGCAGACGUGUCCACCGACGCCGGGCACGGAGAGGGCACCUCCAAAGGGAAAUCCAUCGCGGAGGUUGGAGAGCCCGCGGCGCACCCCGCACCCAGCCCUCCGCGGCCGAGAGCGAACACCGACGGUCCCCGACCUAGCAACGGCAUCAACCCGCUGGCCAACAACAGCUGGUCCUUCACAGACCUGCCGCCCGAGCCCUUUCCGCCACCCGCGCCGCACCCCGAGACCGACCCGGAGUAUCCAGGGCCGGAUCCGGCGGCCUUCGCUUGGGACAGCGAGGCAGAGUCCGAGACGAGCAGCCUUCCCCAUCCUCCCAGCCCGACCAUGCCGCCCGGGGAUUCUCCGCACGGGCCGGAACGCAACGAGCCGGACGGUGCGGGCGCCCAGCCCCCCGCCGAAGCGCCUCCCCGCCGCGAGCCGGCAGGCCUCGUAGACCGCGUCGCCGACUUCAUGUGGGCCGAGGCCGACCGCAUCCCGCCCGACGAGCUCGCGCCGAUCAACUGGGUCGGCGACUUUGGCGAGGACGCGGCCGACGACGCCGGGCCGGAGGACGCCGGGGCCGACCAGGCGGACCGCGACCGCGACCGCGACGCCGCCGAGGCGCCGGGCCUGGACGCCGAGGCCGUCGAGGACGCCGAGGACCUCGAGGGCAUCCUCGAGCUGCUGGGCAUGCGCGGCCCCCUGGUCGGCCUGCUGCAGAACGCCAUCUUCUGCGCCUUCCUCGUCUCCAUCACCAUCUUCCUCGGCGUCUUCGUCCCGUACAACCUCGGCCGGCUCGCCAUCUGGGCCGUCGCGAACCCGCUGCGGCUCGCCCAGAUGCUGUUCGGCGCCUUCCGCCUCGCCCAGGACUGCUGCGCCCUCGUGCUCGGCUUCGCCACAUCCAUGCUGUCCGAGGCCGUCCACGCGCUGUGCCGCGCGUUCCUGCCGGCCGCCGUCGCCGACCGCACGCGCGUCGUCGCCCGCGCGUCCUGGGAGAUGGUCGGCCGCGCGGCCGCUAGGAUCGCCGGCAGCGUCCUGACCGACCUGCCGAGCAUCUCGUCGUCCGAGGUGCGCACCUUCUCGGUGCUCAGCCACGAGGCCCUGCUCACCAUCAAGGGCCGCAUCGCCCUGGCCGCCUCGACCCUGUGGGACGUGGCCGCCUUCGCGCUCGCCGGGGACUACUCGGCCGAGCGCCCCGAGGCGUUCGCCCGGAUCGCCAACGCCUCGGCCGCCGCCUGGGCCGGCCUGAAGGCGCUACCGGCGGCCGCGCUCACGCCGAGCACCUGGGUCGUCAGCCCGAGCCCGCCUGAGCCGAUGGCGGCGGCGGCUGCGGCGGGUGGGCAGGCGCUCGGCUCCUGGGGCGCCACGGACCGGAUCUGGGCCGUCGUGGCGGGCUACACGGCAGUGACGGCGCUGGCGGCCCUGUACCUGCGCCGCGGCGCGCCACUCGCGACCGGCCGGGCGGCCCAGGAGUGGGAGGCGUCGCUGGUCGACGGGCUGCACCAGGCGAGCGGCGUCAUGAAGGUGAUGCUGAUCAUCAGCAUCGAGAUGCUCAUCUUCCCGCUCUACUGCGGCGUGCUGCUCGACGUCGCGCUGCUGCCGCUGUUUGAGGGUGCCACGGUCAGCUCGCGGCUUCGCUUCGCCGCGUGCUACCCCGUCACGGCCAUCUUCGUGCACUGGUUCGUCGGCACGGGCUACAUGUUCCACUUCGCCCUCUUCGUGUCCAUGUGCCGCAAGAUCAUGCGCCGGGGGGUGCUCUACUUCAUCCGCGACCCAGACGACCCGGAGUUCCACCCGGUGCGCGACGUGCUCGAGCGCAACGUGACGACGCAGCUGCGUAAGAUCCUGUUCUCGGCCCUGGUCUACGGCGCGCUCGUCAUGGUGUGCCUGGGCGGCGUCGUCUGGGGCCUCGCGCUCGCCCUGCCGCGCGUGCUGCCGAUCCGCUACUCGUCCAACGAGCCGGUGCUCGAGUUCCCCCUCGACCUGCUCUUCUACAACUUCCUGAUGCCGCUGGCCGUCCGCUUCUUCCGCCCGGCCGACGGCCUGCACGCCAUGUACACCUGGUGGUUCCGCCGCUGCGCCCGCGCGCUGCGCCUCACCUGGUUCCUCUUCGGCGAGCGCCGCAUCGAUGAGGAGGGCCGCCUCGUGCUGGCGCCCGACGCGCCCGACCGCGCCCUGCCGCCCUGGCGCCGCUGGUUCCUCGAGGUCGACGCCCGCGGCCGCGUCGUCGCGCGCGGCUGGCGCGCCGUCUUCGAGGGCGGCACGCGCGCCCCGACGGGCCGCGUCAUCAAGGACAGCACGCUGCUGGCCAGGGUGCGCAAGGCGGACCUGGUCGAGUCCGGGCAACUCGUGCCGGACGGCCGGUUCGUGCGCACGCCGGCCUCGGACCAGGUCAAGAUCCCCAAGGGCGCCAACGUCUUCCUGCCCGUCACCGAGGACAACGCGCGCGCCGACGGGCUGCCGGACCACGACGCCGCCGACAUCUACUCGACCGCGCAGUACCAGCUCGUCUACGUGCCGCCCCACUUCCGCGUCCGCGUCUUCCUCUUCAUCCUGUUCAUCUGGGUGUUUGCGGCCGUCUCGGGCGUCGCCAUCACCAUCGUGCCGCUGGUCUUUGGCCGCUGGCUGUUCCGGCGGCUGCUCCCGGCCCACAUCCGCACUAAUGACGUCUACGCCUUCAGCAUCGGCAUCCACGUGCUCGGCGCGGCCGCCUAUGCGCUCUUCCGCGCCCCGGCCAUCUACCAGGCCGCCAGGGCGCGGGCAGCGGCGGCGGUCGCGGCGGUCGCGGCGGCCACAUUCCCUACCCAGGCCGUCCUGCGCGCCGCGCGCGUCGUCUACACCUACUUCUUCACCCUCGUCGUCUUCCCGCUGCUGCUGGCGUCGCUGAUGGAGCUUUACACGUUGGUGCCGCUGCACGAGCUGAUGUAUAGCGCGCUGCUGCGGCCCGAGGCGGCCCGGUCGCUCGCCUCCUCCGGCUCCGGGGAUGCCGGCCCCGCCGGGACGCUGAAUCCCGUGCACACGGUGCGCGUCGUCCAGGCCUGGAUGGUCGGCCUGCUGUACCUGCGGCUCGGCCUGCGCGUCACCAACACGUGGUUCGAGGGCUCGCACGUGUCCAACGCGGCCCGCGCCGUGCUGCGCCGCGGCUGGCUCGAUCCGGACGCGUCUAUCCUCACGCGCGCGUUCAUCGUGCCGGGCCUCGCGGUCUGGCUGGCCGCCGUGGCGGUGCCCCUGCUGCUCGCCCGGUCGCUCGCGGCCUACGGCGUCGUCGACGGGCUCGUCGCCCAGCUCGGCGGGCCCCUGGCCGGCGCCGUGCCGGAGCGGGCGUUGCGUGACGCGUGCCUGGUGCUGCUGUACCGGCUCAGCUUCCCGCUGACGGCUGCCCUGGUGGGCGCCGGCAUCGCGCUGUGGGCCUUCGUCGGCGUCGUCCAGCGUUGGAAGGCGCGCAUCCGCGACGAGGCGUACCUGAUCGGCGAGCGGCUCCACAAUUAUGCCGGCACGACGGGCGGGCCGCGGCCGCGGGGCGCGUGGCGAGGC